CCACUCUCUCUCUCUCUCCUUUCCGAUGAGUUCUUAUUUUGUCAACUCGACCUUCCCGGUGAGCCUGGCGGCGGGGCAGGAGCCCUUCCUGGGACAGAUCCCGCUGUAUCCCUCGGGCUACGCGGAUCCUCUGAGGCACUACCCCAGCACCUAUGGAGCCUCGGGCGUGCAGGACAAGGGCUACUCCUCCUCUCCUUACUACCAGCAGAGCAGCGCAGCGGCGUUCGGCGGCCGCGGCUCCGCCUGUGACUAUGGGCCCGGCGGCUUUUUCAGGGACAAGGACCCUGCGUGCGCCCCUCCCAGCCUGGACGAGGUGCCCUCCUUCGGCGCCGAGCCGCGCAAGGCGGACUGCGCGCACAGCAAAAGUGCGUUCGGAGAGAGCGAGGAGCAAAAGUGUUCCGCGCCGGUUUACCCCUGGAUGCAGCGGAUGAACUCUUGCAAUAGUCCCGCAGGUUCGUCCUUCGGGCCCAGCGGCCGCCGGGGCCGCCAGACCUACACCCGCUACCAGACCCUGGAGCUGGAGAAGGAAUUCCACUUCAACCGCUACCUGACCCGGCGGCGCCGCAUCGAGAUCGCGCACUCGCUGUGCCUGACCGAGCGCCAGAUCAAGAUCUGGUUCCAGAACCGCCGCAUGAAGUGGAAAAAGGAGAACAAACUGCUCAGCUCCUCGCAGCUCAGCGCCGAGGAGGAGGAGGAGAAGGCGGCCGAGUGAUUCCGCAGCGGCGGCGACAAAAACCAACCACCGCCAACAACAAACCAAUAACAACCACAAAAAAAAUAGAGUAAAAGCAACGCCGACGCUUAAAAAGUUAUUUAAAACGCGCAAAACGCCAUAAAAAAUUGGGAUUUAGGGAGGGAGGGAGUGUGAGAGCAGAGGGGAAGAGGGGAGGGGGCUGGCUGCGGGAAAUGUCCCUCCUUGGGGGGACGAGCCCCCCCAGCCGCGGCCACCGCCACCGAGUUUGGGCCACCAACGCCCUGGACUCCAAUUCCCGAUGAUUUUGUCCAGAAACAAACAGAAAAAACCACACAAAACUAAUCAGGCUUCUUAGUCGCGCUCUGAAUUUUUGGUUUUGCCCCUUUCCCUCCCACUCCGCCCCCCCUCCCACACAUGAAAUGGAAUAAUAAUAAUAACAAUAAUAAUUAAAAAGUGAAGGGGUGGAGAGGGAGAAGGAGGGAAAGAAAGGGAAAGAGAAAAAAAGGGAAAAAAAAAGAAAAAAAAUUAAAAAAAAGGACUCCUAGCCGUGUUUCUACCCUUGGUGUCACUGUUAGUAAUCUGCUAACUCUUGUAUUUAAUGGAAGUGCUGCAAUAUAUGUCAUUUGGGGUGUUUCUUGUCCUAAUUUUGUAAAAAUGUUUCAUGCACGGUUGACAUAAGUUGGGUUUUUCAUUUUCUUUCUUUUUUUUUAAUUUUUUUUUUUUACUCCUUUGGUAAAUUAAUCAAACCCUGGGGUUCUUUGUAAUUAGUUUUGGGGUGUUUGUUUUUGUUUGGGUUUUUUUUUUCUUCUUUUUUGCCUUUUUAUUUUUUUAUUUUAAAAAGGAAAAAAAAUCUACUGAAAGAACGAGUACUACCUACAAGGCUGCAGGAAAAAAAAAAAAAAGAAAAAAAAAGAAAAAAGAAGAAGAACAACGACAGAAAGUUCUAUUUUAUUAAUUUUUGUACGUGUUGUGUUUGGAGUUUGUCUUAGGUAUGAACAUGGAAUUCUCUAAUAAAAGCCAAGUCUCCGAUCUCA